GUCCGCGUGCUGGAUGCGGUUGCACACCCGGGGCAGGGCGAUCUGAACCUUGCCGGACUUGACCGCUGGAAGUCCGAAUGGUCAUCUCUCGUGCACCCCUGCGGCUCCCUGGUAUUUGAUGACGAUGAUGAAUCCAGUCUGUACGACACAGUGUACCGUGCCCAGCGCCUGGUCCCGGAGCAAGUCCGGGAGCUGGAGCCCUUCGUGUCGGAAGUUAUGGCCAGUCGAGGUGCGCACCUGUUCAGCCAGGAGGCCUGGGUGGACCCCCAGGAGGCCUGCAGGCGCAUGCUGGACGCCGCCAGGGAAGCAGGGGGGACAGAGGUGCUGCUGGGCCCCGAGCACCGAGUGGUGGGCCUUAUGUCGACCCGGACAGAGGAGAGAGAGCCGGUGCUGAUGGCGGCAAUGGAGGACUUGCAGCAGCAGCAGCAGCAGCAGAAGCAGAAGCAGGAGAAGAAGAACCGUGUGACGGGUGUCAUGACCGCGAACGGCACCACGUACGCCGCGGACGUGGUCGUGCUCGCUGCCGGUGCGGAGACCAUGACUCUGGCGGCGCAGGUCGGGGUCGGGGUGCCCAUGCUGCACAAGCCGGCGGUCAUCGCGGUGACGCCGCCGCUGAAGGACGGCCCUGACGGACGGCCGCGGCGGCUGGUGCGGCACCUGCUGUCGAGCUCGAAGGUCUUUGUGUGGCAACGGCCCGACGGCUCACUCAUACUGGGCGACACGCGCGCCCACGAGGAUGGCAGUGCAGCCUGGGGGGAGUCGUUGCUGCAGCGCGCGACGGAGCUGGUUCCGGAGCUGGCGACGACGGGGGCACGUGUGGAGCGUGUGGAGGUGGCGCACCGUCCGUGGCCAAAGGACGGUCACCCCAUCAUUGGCUGCAGCUCCACGUGCCUGGGGCUCUACAUCGCCACCAUGCACAGCGGCAUGACGCUGGCGCCGGAGGUGGCCAGGCUGGUGGCAACGGAGCUUCGGCACUGGGACGUGACGGCGGGUACGGCAGUGGGUUCGGUUCCGGAGCUGCUGGAGGCGCAGGAGGUGCUGCGACCGUACAGGCUGGACCGGGAUUUCGAGGAGGAAACCAUGUUGGAUGCUUACUGGUCCGACGAGCAUCCAUGGAGCGGCACGGUCAGCCCAGCAUACGACAGCGCAGAGGCUGUGUUUGUGGGUGACAAUUUAUGGGCCGUGCAGCCUGGCGUGUCGAUCAGACUCAACGUGGCCGCGGUUACACAUCGCGCAAGCAGCCUACAGGCCGCCACGGAGGCGGGUUUCGGGGACUCGGAGGAGCCGGGCGUGCAUUUGGUCAGCCAUGGCGGCACCGCAUCCUACGGGGAGCGGCCUACAGAUCCCAUUCCUGUACCGGUGCCAAUUCCUUUGCCCAUGCCAAUUCCUACCCCCUUACCACCUGCAUCCGCGGCUGGGAGAGCGGAUGGCGCCCAGGGACCCCAAUUGACCCAAGACCCGCCCACAGCCGCAUUACAGCCGCGGCCGCCCCCGCCAACUUUCCUCCCUAGCGCAGCCCUCUUUGCAGCAGCGUCCCUGGACCCUUCCUCCCGGAUGGCAGGAACAUCUUCCGCUCCGAAACCCGCACCUGCGUCUCAAGGUGAGGCUGGCCUCGGCGGCGCUGAGCCUCCCAGCUUUGCCGCGUACAGUGACAGCCAUCCAGGUCACGUGAACCUUGGCUCGGGGCUCAGCUUGGGACAGCGAUGGACCGGCGUGGACGGCCUGGGUACCGGACUCGACGGCCUUGGGUUGAGAGGGAUAGGUGCCAGCGGUGAGCAGCCAUCCCGUCGGCAGUCGUCAUCCUCAUUGUACGAUCCCUUGGAUGCUGCUGUUGAGGAGGUUGCAGAGCACGUGGCUCUUGAAGCUUUGGGGAUGGACGCCCGGAUGGACGUUCACCGUGUGCCGGUGUCAGGCAAACACGGCAGCGGGGCCACCGACGUUACUGUGGGAACACGCUGGACCCCUCAUGAGUUUCAUAGUGCAGAGGCGAAUGCUGCCUCGUCGACAGCGGCUGCUGCAGCCGCUGCGGCAGGUAGCACAACACCGAGCAAGGACCGUUCAGGCUUGCCAACAGGACUGCCGGGCAGGGGCUGGGAACUUUUUCCCACGAUGAAUAAUUUCGGCACCAGUAUGGGACGCGGUGGUGGUGGUGGCGGCGGCGAAACGGCGACGGUUGUCGGCGAUGGAGGUGGAGGUGGAGGCGGCAACAUGUCUUUAUUGGGUGAGCUGUACAUGACCUUUGCGCCCUCAGCUGGCGGGGGUGGCGGCGGCUCUGGAGCCAACAGUGUGGCGGUUUCAGUAGGGCGACCCAGCCACGGGGAGCCGGAUGCGGCGGCGCCAGCGGCAGCGCGACCGCUGGUUGGUCGCACCGGCGUUGCUGCUAACACGCCAAACCUUUGGGCUAUGCCAUGGAGUGGCAACAACACUGCCAUUGACGAAGUACAGCGCUUUGGCGGUGACCCACAUCACCUUGGUGUCGGUGAAGGCAACGGUGUAAGUACCGUGCACGAUGGACAUUCAGCACCUCCUUACCUUCUUGGUCGCUUUGAGUUCCAGCCCUCCUCUGGCAGCCGGCAUUCAGGAGGCGCCCAACACUUAGGCUCGGACGACGUGGCGGGACCACCAAAGGCUGGCUUGACCCCUGUUUCCGGCUUGGAUGGGACAGCAGCACCCUUCGGCGAAGGUGGAGGUUUGGGGAAAGGCCCAAAGGAACCAAUGUCACAGGGCCAGGCCCCAAACACGUGGCUGGACCCGAUGAUUUCGACUGCGGGCAGCGGACGCAGAACCAGUCUGACAUUUGGACUCGGAAUGGGCGGGCCAUCUCAAGGCCUUGUGCAGUUGCCGUUGCCGACGGCUGCCACGGGCACGAGUCCUGAUCGAGACGUUGGCCCCCGGGUGGUGGUGCCGUUUCAGCCGCCGCCGCCGCCGCUAUCACUGGCCCGUGGUGCCUUAGCAGUGGCUUGCGGGUCGCUGCCUGCGAUGUUCCCAGCGGCAGCGCUUCAUGGAUUCGACGUGGCGGCGGCGGCAGCGGCGGCAGCUGGAAGGAGCCUUGCGGGUCCAACUGCCGCGGCGGCGACGCUGGGCGGCAUGUCGCCAGCCUUUUCCGCUGGGGUCCCGGCCGUGGGGGAGCAUGAGAUUAGCGCCAGUGUUGGUAGCAACACCGGCGGCGGCGCAGGAAUGCAGUUUCCACACCAACAGCAGCCCUCGAUUCGCUCGCUGCUUGAGCCGCCGCCGCCGCAGCAGCAGCAGCAGGCGUACAGCUUUUCUGGGGUCUCGUCAUCGGGUCGACAGGACGAGGUACGGCACCCUGGUGUGCCAACUGCCGCUGUGGCAGCGACGGCGACUGCGACGGCGACGCCUUCCGUUGAUUUGGCCAUGGGAUUGCAGGCCAGCGGAUCCCGGCUUGAGGGCGCCAACCUGCCGCGGGCCUACGCAGCGGCAGCGGCUCGUGUGUGGUCCGAAGACAACCCGCCGGACAAAGUUCGGCGUAUCGCAGCCACGAUCCUCGCCCUCAGCACGAGCAGCAGCAGCAGCAGUAGCACUUUGCAAGACGCUUCCAGACGCCACAGAAUGGCGCUACAGCUGUUGUUGCUGGCCGUGAGGCGGCAAGACCCGGUGGCCUGUAACAAAGCAGGGAACUUAUUAGAGGUGCUGGAAAGCGACCCUUUCCAAUGCCUUUCCAUCGUGGAGGACAGUCGCGGCGGCGAGGUCGCCUCCCUGGAUUUAUCCAGGAUGUUGGACUUGGCUGGCCCUGAUCCAGCCCCGCCGCCGCCAGCAACCCUGGCGGCAGUGCCCGUGGCGGGAGCGCCUACCAGCCCCGUGCCGCAUCAUCCACAUGCACUACCUCCCCCUGAUACAGCUGCUCCUGCUCUUACAAGCCGGACAAGUUAUGGCGGUGCUGGAGGGGCGUACCCUGCACCGGUACUGGAAGCGCUAGGGACGGGAGUCGACGAUACGGCCGCUGUCGUGGCCGAGGGCUCUCACCUCGGUGGUGCGCAGGUAGCCGGGAGGGUUCGGUCGGGGUCCCUUGCGUCGCACCUGCAGGCCAGCAGCGGCAGCAGCCCUGUAACGCACCACGCCGGCGUGCCGGCUACAUUAGGCGGCACAUGGCUGGCCGGACUGACAGGAAUUGGGGGAGGUGUGACGGGCAUGGUGGCUCCUCAGCCGUCGCAGAGUGAGUCAUUGAGUCAGCCGUUGACGUCUUUGCCGCAGGCCCAGCAGCAGCACCACCACCAACAGCAACAGCAACCGACGCUCGCAGAUCAGCAACUCUUUGGGGGGCCUACGGUGGGCGCUGCGGCGAUUCAGAAUCUGAAGGCUGCCCAAGACCAACAACAACAACAUCAACAACAACAGCAACAGGCUAUGGCGCUGCCUGACGCGCCGGUUACCAUGCCCGUUGCGCCUAAGUCGUCAGCAGCACCAACGCCAGCGGCGGCGACAUCGUCGUCUGCAACCACGUCGUUGUUGUUGCAAUUUCUUCAGAAGCAGCAACAGCAACAACAACAACAACAACAACAACAACAGCGACAUUUGUCGCGGGUCGCAGCUGUGCCAUCGUACCUGGCGGCCUCCGGGGUCCAGCCUGUGCCGAGCGCCGCGGAUACCGCAAUGCUGCUGCAGCUCUAUCAAUCCCACCAGGCGCAGGUGCAGGCCCAGCAGCAGGUGCACGCCGCGCAACGCUUGCAGCAGGCGCAGCAGCAGGCGGCGCAGCUCCAGCAAGCGCAGCAACAGGCGGCGCAGCUCCAGCAAGCGCAGCAGCAGGCGGCGCAGCUCCAGCAAGCGCAGCAGCAGGCGGCGCAGCUCCAGCAAGCGCAGCAGCAGGCGGCGCAGCUCCAGCAAGCGCAGCAGCAGGCGGCGCAGCUCCAGCAAGCGCAGCAGCAGGUGGCGCAGCUCCAGCAAGCGCAGCAGCAGGCGGCGCAGCUCCAGAUGCACCAGCUCCAGAUGUACUUGCAGCGCCAAUCCGAAUCUGUUGCCGCAGCACAGCAGCAGCAGCAAUUGCUGCAGAAGCAGCAAGCAGCACAGCUGCAGCUACAGCACCUCGCUCUUCUGCGACAGCAGCAAGCCCAGGCUCAAGCCCAGGUGCAGCGGGCGCCUCGCAUGGCAUUCCUUCCGGUCCCUGCGACCUCGCAGACCUCCACACUCGCCAGUUUGCUUCAGCAAUACAGCGCUAACAGCGCCGCCGCAGCGGCGGCAGCAGCAGUGCGUGUUGCUGCCACUGGGGGAAGCAUACCGCUGACGACCAUGCCCCCGCCUGCGGUUGCGCCGUCGCUGACGCUGGCGUCUCUGUCCAACGUGGGGGGCCUACCUACCAGCUGCGGCCCUGUAGCACAGUCCCAGAGCCACGCCAAUGUCGCCGCAUGGCUUGCAGCACACACCCACACGCACAGUCCCACGGUUACCCCGCCCCCAGUUCUAGGCACGGCCGGAAGCCUGGGCGCUCCCAGCUCAGUGGCCGGCGGUGGAGGAUCUGAACACGAGGGCCCUGUGAGCUCUGUGCAGCAGCUCCAACAACAACAGCAACAGCAGAACAUGCUUUUGGCGUCGGUGGUGCGGGAUGCCGAUUCGCAGCAGGCUACGCAUCAGCGACAACAGCAGAAGCAGCAGCAGCGUAAGCAGCAGUCACAGCAACAGCAUCUCCUGGAGCUUCUGACGCAGCAGAUGCAGCAGCACCGUUACCAGACCGCCGCCGCAGCUGCGACGGUUGCAGGCGACUGUCGGGGCGCUGCGCGUUCCGUGGCAGCAUGUGUUCCAGAGCGCGAAGGCGAUACCACCGCUGACGAACACACCGCCGCGACAUCUGCGGCUGCAGCAUCAGCAGCUGACGGCGCUGGCUUGGAGGGUGUGGAAGAGCUGCUGGCGCGGGCACGAUGCACAGUGACAAACAUGGCAAACAAGUUGCAACCUGGGCAGCACCUGCCUCCUGGAACAGAGCAGCAGCAGUUUGCCAACGAAUUCGACGCUGACGGUGCCUCAUCGGGCGUGAUACAUGUACUGCCGCCGCAGCUGGUGCAGUUGGCCAUGAUGGAAGACACAGCAGAAGACGGCGGUCCAGCGCAUACGUUACUCGCCACCGCUUCUCAGGUUGCCGCUGCGCGCUCGCCAGCAGCCGAGGAAGCAAUGGCUGUUGGCGCCGAAUAUGCCGGUGUUGCCGAGGCCACCAACGCCGCGGAGGCCGCCAACGCCGCGGAAGCCCUGAGCGAGGCCUCAGACCUUGUUAGUGGAUGGGGACUUGCAAAGAUGGCAACUUCAGCGGACCCGGGGGCUGCAACUCUGCGCGACGGCAGCACGGCCGCCACUGACAAGGGCACAGCCGAGGGUCAGCCGGAGGAUGAUGAACCCCAAGCCGUUUUCAGGACAGCCCAUCAUGAAGACGCGCAUCAUGCGCCGCUAGCGCCGAGUCGAGAUCUGUCGGCAGAUGCAUUGGCUGCGGCCUCGGCCCCGGCGUCACCCCCAGCUGCAGCUUCCCAGGCUGCAAAUUCGAUAGGAGCAGCAGCAGCAGCUGGGAAGCCGGAGGCCAAGGCUAGCGCGGCGUCGCCUAGCGGCGGAACCUUGGAGGCUCCGGAGCGGGAUUUACUCACAGCGGUUGCUACUGCCACGUCCGCGAUCCAGGCGCUAGCUCCAGAGGUUGCGGCAGUAGCUCCCGGGUGGCCCCAGGUUGAGCUCCCAUGUUCAGCUCUGGGGGCUGUGUCACCCGAGCACUUGCUCCGCGCCUUCCCUGGCCUAGAUCUCCGUGCCCAGGUGCUUCGCACCGUCGCGCAGGCUCUACUGCGCACGCGGCAUCCGCAGCUGGGUACCGCUACUGCCGACCCUGGUCUACUGCUGCGGGUGCUGCGACAUAAGGGCAUUCAGCUCGACAGCAGCAGCAGUGGCGGCAGAGCGUCGGAAAAACCUCAUCAUCCGCUCGUUACGCUUCUUCGGAGCGAGCCCCGCUUCUUCCGUGUCGUCACAGUCCCAGCGGGCGACAGGUCCGGGGUAGAUGCAAAGACAGCGGCGGAAGAAGAGCUCGGCUUGAGCGGCGGCCUGGAAGUACAGCUGAAGCUGGAUGCGCUACUGGCACUCGUGCCGCCACCGCCCCCGCCGCCACAGGUUGAGGAGCCUCCGCAAGCGCUGGAGAUUUUGGAUUCGCUCCAAGACCAGCAGUCUUCUACAUUUAAUAUAAAAAAGGUUGCUGCUAGUUACAGCGGCAGUAGUAGCACUAGUAGCAGCGCGGCAAUGGAGUCAUGUUGGCGAGUCACCGAGGGCGCAACGGUGGAAGGGGCGGCUGUUCUGGCGGCUAGGCAGGAGCGUGCAACAGCAGACCUCACUGCAGUCUUACUUCCCGUCAGCGGUGAAGCGUCUGCCCAGGAUGCGGCAGAUGCAGGGUCGGAUCCCGAUGCUGUCGGGGGUAGCACCGGCGCCGACGGCAACCGCGGACGGCAAAGCAGCGGCAGUGGUAGUGGCCACGAGGCCGGCGCUGAGGGUGAAGAUGACGGUCAGUCCGACGAUGCCCACUUGGCGAUGUUGAUGAAGCUGCUGGCAACGGGGGCGCGCCUUGAGGAGGAACCCCUGCCGGACAGCGAAGCCAAGCUGCAGUUGCAGCUAUCGCCAUUGCUAGGGACCGGGGCGUCGUCACCAUCGCCGCCAUUGUCGCCAUCGCAGCGGGUUCUCUGGCCAGAAUCUAGUGACGGCGACGGCCCACAGCCGGCCACGGCUGCGUCGCUGCCGCCGGUUGCGAGCUCCCCUUUAAUAGCCUCGGCUUCACCACCCCGAACCGAGGAAGCUUCCUUCAUGGAGGCAUCCCAGCAGGGUACUUCGCCACUGCCGCCGCCUCGGGAGCAGGAGCCGGAGCAGCUGGUGGUUUCGGCGCAGCCAUCGGAGCCGCCGCUGCCCAUGGGCUCGGAGGGCGAGAUGGUACCGGAGGCUGCUCCGCUUGUAUUUCCAAGUUUCGUGCUGGCUUUGGCACCACCGCCACCGCUGCUGGCUUCCUCCACCUUCCAUCCUCCUUGUGGGGAGGUGAGUCCUGAAGGAGGUGCUGGGGGACGGGACGCGGCACAGGAAGGAGAUCGGGCUGACCGCGUGGAAGCCGUCGAUGCCUCUCCAUUUGCUGACGCUGAUGCAGCUGCGUCGCAUGCAAUGCAGCAGGUCGCGUACGCGGCCGCCGCCACGGCUAUGGCGGCUUCAGAGCAUGCUGAUCUGGCGCAGCAGCUACCAGCGGAGGAUGCCGCCGCCGCCGUUGCGGCUACGGCGGCUGCAGCAUCGGCUCCUCUAGCACGGCCGACGGGCGAAGAAGAAGAAGCCGCGGCCGCGCGCACAGUCGCAGUGCCGGCCGCUGUGUCAACUGCUCUGCAAGCUCAAGGCUCGUCAGCUGCCGAGGCCGCGGCGGUGGCUGAGGCGUUAAUACAGGCCGUCGACGAAGCGGUGGACAUGGCUGUGGCUGCCGCCGCAGAAGCCCUGCUGGUUGAUGGAGCUGUAGGAGGCAAGGGCGAGGAGGAUGGAAAAGGCGUGAUGGCGGCGAAUAGCGCAGAGCAGGCCCCGGUUGCGGCACCGGUGCUUCUUCAGGAUGGUAGUUGUGAAGCGCUUUCUGCAUUGCUACCGUCAGUUCUCUCGCCGCCUGCCAUUACGACCGACGUGGCCGUGGCCGUCGACGGGGUUAUUUCCGCUAGCCAAGCUGAGCAUGCGGGUGCUGCUAGCGGCAGCUUUGUCGAAGAUGCUGCUGGGUAUGCGGAGACGGAGGAAGCUGUGAAAGCGGCUGAAGCGGCUUUUGGGGAUUUUUCAGAUGAAGAGGCUGCCGCCGGGUUGAGCGCAUGCGCAGGUGUCGUCGACGCGGUUGAUGGCCGUGAUGCUGUCGGGCCCUGCAACGCUGCAGCAGCGGCAGAUGAAGCUUUUGUGCAACAGCCACAGCUCACCACGGCAGCGGACGUUGCCACAUCCACAAUGGCCGCAGCUUCAAGUGCUGAAACGACAGCUGAUGCGGCCGCGAUCGCUCACAGCGCGGAAAAACCCACGACAGCUGCGCCGCCGUUGGUCCUGGCUGUACACUCGUCGGCGGCGAUGGCGGCAUCCGCUGCUGCCACCGCCGCUGCCGCCACUGUGGCGUCGUCUCAUGGAGCUUCUCCCACCGCCGCACACCUGCAGCCUGCCGUGGUGCGCUACAUUAGCGCCUUGGACGUAGACGCGGGGUCGGCGGAGGAGGUGGCGGCGCUGACCAGCAUGGCGCAGCACUGCGCCGCGAGCGGACGAGUGGUAGUGGACUGCUGUGCGGUAACAGACCCUGACCCUGACCCAAAUCUGAAAACGCCGCCGGAGUCUGGGGGUCCUGGGGCGGAGAUGGACAUGGAGAUGGACACCUUGGGGGAGGCAGCGGCGGCGGCGGCGGCGGCGGCUGGCGGCUCUGACGCCGAGGCGCUGCCGUCCAGCGUCGGGGCAUGGCGCCGGCCCUGCUCGCCGGUUCUUCUGACGGUGUUGGCGCCUGCAGUGACUCAGGUCUGGCCCACGACACUCUACGUGCUUGGCGUGGCCGGCGUGGGGCCCGAGAGUGCGGUCAUCCGGGCUGUCGUGUCGCUACUAACGGGCGCAGCAGCAGCGCCGACACAGGUGCUGUCGCCGUGGCGUAUCCCUGGCGAAGUUGCGGCAACGGCGGCAGUGGCGGCGGCUGGAGCUGCGGGCGCAGCCGCGGCUAUCCUGGGUGGAGGCCGCAUCGUCAAGGUGCUGUGGGAUGCUGGACAGGUCUUGUCAUUGCUGUCUCCGCUGUUGCCAGCCGGGCAGCGUGUGGGAGCAGUGCAGGACCUUAGGGUCCUGGUGGAUCUCGCUGCGGCGGGUGCAGGUGCGGGUGCCUCCGCAGCCGCGUCGUCACCAGGCGCCGAUACCGCCGCGGAAAGCGCUGCGCCGCCGCACCGGCCUUGGACUGGCAUGGUGCCGCUGCAAAAUCGUCUGGCACAGCUGGGUGUGGCGGGGCGGGACUUGGCGUCGCUGUCCGCCCUCAGCGCAGACGCAUGGGUCGGCCAUCCGCUGUCUUGCGUGGUAGAGGCGGCGGCAGCUCGGCAGCUUUGCCAAGUCCUGGAGGUCAGGCGGGCUCUGCUCUUGAGCGACGAGGCGCUGCUGGACGCCCUGACAUGCGGCAUCUGCAGUUUCUUGAUGGGUGCGCGACCUCGGAUUGUUGGCAGGUAG